AUGCCUUCCUGCUUCGUGUACGACACAAACAUAAAGUAGUGUCAUUCGCUUGACAAACAUAGAUUGCUCAUGAUGCUCCUGCCCAGACAGUCUCACUAUACACAAAGACAUAUAGCUCAUGAGAGACUGUGUUUUAGCAGUAGAAUGCUCCUGGAGGUCCAGGACUGUCUUCAAGGUCCGUUUGUGACCGUCUCAAAUCCUUGUGCAACAUUACGCGAUUGACGUCUUCGGCAGGUACCGAAAUCAGAUCUGCUACAUCUACAGACGUAUAACUAGAUCCAUUGACGUGUAACUCAUCAGAAACUGCCAUGGCGCAGUCGGCGGCGGAUGCAGCAGCGAUUGUGGCAACAGACGAUGUCGACGAGAGCCCAGCGAGCAGUGGAAGCAAACCGAACGACCCCGUCGACCCAGAACACAAUGAUGUCUUACGACGCACACGUUCACGCGGUUCCGUACUCAUGCGAAUGCACACAGGUGCUUCUACCAUUGUACCUCGCGCAAAACGAAUCGGUUUCUUGAGCUCUCUUGCCAUUGUGCCAGAAGUGGAAGACCCGCGGGAAUACACACAAGGCACGAAGCACUUCAUCGUCUUUCUCGUUGCAGCGGCCGCCAUGUCGGGGCCCAUGUCCAGUGGCAUCCUUCUUCCAGCACUGUCCAAUGUCGAGCGCGAUUUUGGGACCACGGCCACCGUUGCGAAUCUGACCAUUACCACCUUUCUCAUCGGUAUGGGAGUAUCCCCUCUCUGGUUGGCUUACGUGAGUGAGCAUUUUGGCAGAAGAACAGUAUAUCUUCUGUCCUUCUCUGCGUAUACAGUCUUUUCCAUUCUGUGUGCCGUCUCGCAAUCCAUUAGCCAGCUGCUCGCCUUUCGUCUCCUGGCAGCCCUUUCAUCUGGCGCGGCCCAAGCUAUUGGAGCCGGUGUCAUUGCAGACAUUUAUCUCGCACAACAUAGAGGGAACGCAAUGGGCUGGUUCUACCUCGGACCCAUCGUUGGGCCUCUAAUGAGUCCAGUCCUUGGAGGGCUCUUGACGUCAGCUGGAUCGUGGCGAAACACACAAUGGUUCAUCGUCGCUAAGGCUGGUACACUCACUAUUCUCUUGCUAUUCUGCUUGCCAGAGACGCUUCGUGAUGCCAAGGUGCUUGAAAUAUACGAUAAAGAAGCAGGAUCUCUUCGCAUGCCUACCAAGAUGGAAGUCUUCCUUCACACCCUGGCAGAUCCCCUGAAAACAAUCAAGUUCUUUGCAUUCCCUGCCGUCGCAUGCUCCAUCGCUUAUGCAAGUCUCAAUUUUGGAAGCUUGUAUUUUCUAAACAUCUCCAUCGAGUACUCGUUUGAGAUGGCGCCCUACAAUUUCCGCACCAUCAUCAUUGGGUGCUUGUACCUGGGUAAUUCGAUUGGUUACAUUAUUGGGUCAAUCCUUGGUGGCAAAUGGUGCGACAUUGUCAUGCAGAGAGCCAAAGAGAAAGAAGGUGGCGAGUACAUUCCCGAACGUCGCUUUGGCCUGAAUGCUUGGACUGGUGCCUUUUUUGCGCCAGCAGGAUUGUUCAUCUAUGGUUGGACGAUUGGUCAAUUUUGGCUCAUUCCAUUGAUUGGGACAUUUAUCUUUGGACUUGCAACGAUGUUCAUCUAUGCUGCAGUGACCACGUACCUCAUUGACGCUCUGCCAGGACGAGGUUCCAGUGCUAUGGCGCUCAAUAACCUCGUCCGCAUGCUGCUCGCUGCUGGAGCAAGUGCCGCUGCCGAACCUGCUCUCAAAAGGCUCGGCAACCAUGUCUUGUUUUCGAUUCUUGCAAGUGUGUGUUGGGCUAGUACUGUCUUGGUCUUGCUCAUUCUGAGGAAGGGAGAUGCCUGGCGAGCGAAAGCUGCGGCGCGUGCUGAGAUGGCCGCUUCGCAAGCUGGCCCUGCUCACAAUCCUCGAUGACGCAUCUGUACACCCCUGAAUUCGAUUAGUUUUGGCGUUUGGCAUUUGUUCAGCAUGAUUUGAUGAUAAAUAGGUCUAUAUAAUGGUCAGAGUA